AACUUCUUCCUUCUCAACCGUAAAAAUGAAGCUAAACAUGACUUUAACAAAAAAUUCCUUAAUCCUUUUCCUUUGCUUCUUAAGUUUAUACUCUGUAACAGUCAAGUCUCAAAACUGCGGUUGCGCUCCCAACCAUUGUUGCAGUCAGUUUGGUUAUUGUGGUACCAACGAUGCUCAUUGCGGUGCUGGAUGCAAAUCAGGUCCCUGCAAAGUCACUGAAACACCAAUCGGUGGUGGUACAGCGGUCAGUAGCAUUGUGACGGAACAAUUCUUUAACGACAUUAUCAAAAACGUUGGUAGUGGAUGUGCCGGAAAAAGAUUUUACACUCGUGAUUCUUUUAUCAACGCCGCUAAUACUUUUUCCAAGUUUGCUACUUCCGUUACUAGGCGUGAAAUUGCUACCAUGUUUGCUCAUUUCACUCACGCUACUGGACACUUUUGCAACAUUGAAGUAAUAAAUGGAAGGUCACGUAAAGUUCAAAAAAAAAGAAAUGGAAGGUCACGUAACGACUGCGACGAGAACCCUAUACAAGAUGAUUGUUCCCCGGGCAAAGAUCUUCAAAGCCCAUCUGAGCUUGUGGGUACCCCAACUGUAAGUUUCAAAACGAGUUUGUGGUUUUGGAUGAAUAGCGUAAGGCCAGUACUUAACCAAGGAUUUGGAGCCACAAUAAGAGCCAUCAACGGAAUCGAAUGUAACGGUGGUAAUUCAGAUGCGGUCAAUGAAAGGAUUAGGUACUAUCGAUACUAUUGUCGACAACUUGGUGUGGACCCUGGUUCUCACCUUAGUUGCUAAAACGUUCUUCGAACGACACGUGAUGUACGGGCAGAAUAAGAAAUGGAAAAAAUAAUAUGUCUACUUUCGGUAUGCACCAAAUUAUCAAUAAAGUUUGUAUUUCUUUUUGGUAAAAAUAGUUUGUAUUUAGUUUUAUACAUGUUUAUUAAUAUCUUGUAAAGCGUGUGCUUUUUGUGUACCAUACUAUUUCUACAUGCAAAAUGAUCUUUUUGCGUACCA